AGUACUGGCCACAUGGCAGUUUCUGACAUUAAAGCAAAACUUGAGCUGAAUCCUCUAACAAAAGUACCCAACUUCCAUGGCAAUAGGGAUAAAGAUAUACCAGAACCUCUGCCAUGCCAACCAAAGCACAAAGAAAGGAAGUUGAGCCCUUCACAAAUGCAAGCCUUCCAAGAUGCCUACAACUUCUUUAACAAGGAUAAAACUGGCUGUAUUGAUUUACAUGGAAUGAUGCGCACUUUAGCUAAGUUGGGAAUGAAUCUAACCAAGCACGAUGUCUAUAAUGAAUUAAAAUGUGCUGAUAUUGAUCGAGAUGGGAAGGUGAAUUUCUCAGACUUUAUAAAGGUGCUAACAGAUAAGAACUGCUUCCUUAAGGCUGUGGUUCCAGAAAAGAAAACCUGUUUAGAUUUAGCUGGCAACCCGGGGAUCCUAUUGUUUGAAAUCCUAUCAAAGCUUGUAGAGACUUCAGCCUUACCCAGAAAAGCUAUAAUGGAAAUAGUAAGCUAUUUCCAAAGAAAAUUCCAGGAAGCCACCUCAGGAAUAUUGUGGAGUCCCUAUGCUAUGGGUUAUGGAAAAAGGAGAUUUAAGCCAGACAUAUGUACACCUCCAAGCUCAAGCACAGCUGCCUUUGCUAAUGCUGCCCGGAUUGCAAUAAUGAAAGAAAAGGAUUUAUUUAAAUUUCUUGAAGAACUCAAGAGAUGCAGUCCUCUUUCAGAUAGCCCAUAUUCAAAAAUACCCAUCUUUCCACUGUUUCCUAACGUGGAUGGUGUGGUGAUGGGAAAGCUAUUCAAAGACAUACAGAAAUUAGAAAUGCUACGGAGAAAGGAGCCUCUGAAUUUCUUUGAGAACUAUUUUUUCCAUAAAAAAGACUGGAAAACACAGGCAGCAAAUAUAAAGCCUAUCGGCCCUGGCUCAGGCUACCCAACUGACAUCCUCGCCAUUGAUCAAAUGCUUAAGAGAAAGCAUAACUGGACAGUGUCUGAUGCAGCUGCUAUUAAACAGCACGUAAAGAGAGCUACAGAUACCUAUCACUUGGGAAUUGCCCUUGAGCACCGGAAACAAAUGCUAAACCUUUGGCGGAAAAUCCGGGGGGAUUUGAUUGGGAUCGACACUAAAAAUGAGUCUUUUUAUGAUACUUUUUCUACUUAUACAUGGUCCUGGAAUGUCUGCCAAGAAUUACUUUCUCCAAAGGACUUAAGGUUGUAUGAUGCCUAUGUGAAUAGAAAUUCCUUCCACAACUCUGUAUACUCUUCCUCUUCGGAUAUCAGUGAAUGUCAUGUAGACACAGGAAGAAAAAGAAAACGGAAAGGUUUCAAAGGGUUUCGACAAUGAAAUUUCCACAUUUUCUAAACAGAUCAUUGCAAACUACUUUUUCAUGGAUAACAAAAUUAUUCUUGCUUUCGUCUAGUACAUUCUUAGCAGCUGGAAAUGUUGACAUCUUUUGAAUUCUGACCAGUAAAAAAGUUAAAGUCAUACUAUGGUUUCUCUUUCCAAAUUCUUACUAGUAAAUAGACGCCGCACUGUUAUUUCCCUAGCAACCAGCUACACUCUGCUGCCCCCAUCUGGCCCCAAACUGCCUGGACCGCAGCAGAAGGAGAAAAGCAAAGCUGGCACAGGGCUGCCCUUCUGAACUCCUAACAGCCUUCUCAGCAAUAAGCAGUUGAGUUUAUGUGACUUAAGUGGCAUUAGUUUCUCAUUGUUUGUGAAAGAGGGCAGAGGCAGCAGAUGACAAUGACCUUUCAGUUUCAGGGAAUAAUUUCACCCUCCCCCAGGGAACCUUGAUUAGAUUCGAGUUUUCCUAAGGCUCCUUAGCCACACACCUUCAGAUGACUUGGAUUACUCUUAAAAAUAGCUGAUCUCAUCCAUUACAUUUGUCUUUGUUGUUCU